UGUAAAUAAAACCCGAUUCUUUCAUCACUUCAGAUGUCCGCUAAAGCAUUGAAUAUUAAUAUCUCUUUUUAAUAAUUUGUUUUUAUAAGUCUUCAGUGUAUAAUCAUUUUAGCGGUACAUACAUAUAUCUAUACAAAUUUACACGUAUUCUGUUGGUAUGGAUACACACAUGCACAUCCAUAAGUUUAGUAUGUAUAUACAUACAAAUGUGCAUUAAAAGUAGAGUUGUUAAUAAAAAUAGUGUGCCAUAUGUAAAGCCAUUCUGUAACGGUGCAUUAUAAAAAAGAGCUAAAAUGAACAACAAUUCAAUGCAUAAUUCAUCCGACCAGGAGUACUCCGAAUUUCUCAAGGAAUAUUUACUGCAAGCGAGCUCAGAAAGUGUCGAUCCUGAAAAUAACUAUGAAGAUGGCGAAAUGGAAGCAGAAUGGUUGACUGCUAUUGGUUAUCCAGAAUUGUCGAAGCCCUUUAAACAGGGGUUGGAGGUUUGUAAUGCUGAACUGGAGCCUAUACUGACUACUUUAUCCCAACCACAUGCUGAAGCAAUUGCACAACGAGUAAGAACCUUGAAUCAAACAGUUCGGUGUCGCACAAAAACUCGACCAAAGCGCAAGCCUGAUAUACGAGAUGUUUUUCGCGAUCUUGAUGAAUCGAGUACAGGCACACGUUCAAGGAGUGCAACGCCAGAUUCACUAGAUUCUAUACAAGUCGAUGAAGUUUGGGCAAACAGUUCUAUACCAAGUUUUGAAAAUAAUUUUGAAUACAUUAAUAAAACUAAUAGUAACAGUGGAGAGGAAGAAAAAGGAAAAUAUUUGAGGAAAAGCCUACAUCGAACACCUAGCGCGCCUAUUAAAACUAACAAUUAUGCGGACAUAUUUCGAGGUUCACAAGUCCGUCGCGAUAUACCUUUGUAUUCAACGCAUGGUGUGGAGUUGCUGGGCUAUUCUCGGAUUGGGACUAUACAUUUGCCACGAAACCGAUCAAGCUCAGAUCCAUUUUGCUCAGUUGGGCAAGCACGAAAAAUUCUAUUCGAGGAUUCGCAAAGUGAAAAUAAAACAUCUUCGAGUCAAGAACUGCCCAACUCGGAACAUCAAUCUAUACGAAUUUCUCCAAAGCCUUAUGAUGGCCUCAGCUUUGAGAGUAUUUGUCGGGAUACGUCUGGUCUUGAUUGCCACGAAAUUCCAGAUGGCCAUAAUACUUCAAUAAAUCUAUUCACAGAGAUCUUUUUAUUAAGCCAACUCGAUCUUAAACGCUUACAGGCUGUACUUUGGUUAGAACUGGCCACAAUAUUUGACCGUUACAAUGUGAGGUUGGACAAAAGGAAGAUGUUCAAGCGUCGACGCAAAGAGGAGGGUAAUCUGUUUGGUGUUUCUUUAAAUGCACUUAUACGUCGUGACCAACAAGUUACUGGCACUGACUCUACGUUAGUUCCACAAUUUUUGGAAAAAUUGCUGGCCGAACUUCUUCACCGCGGAUCUAAAGAAGAGGGAAUACUACGUAUUGGUGGACACAAGCAAAAGAUCGAAAUACUUUAUAAAGAAUUAGAAUCAACCUUUUAUCAAAAACCGGAGAAGUUAGCUCAUCUGUUUGGAACAGCUACGGUUCACGAACUUGGCGCUUUGCUAAAACGCUGGUUGCGUGAACUUCCCCAACCGUUACUUACUACUGAACUUAUACAACUAUUUUAUCAAUGUCACAGACUUCCAUCUAUGGAUCAACAAAACGCUUUAACGAUUCUAUGUCAACUACUUCCACCUGAAAAUAGAAAUACAUUGCGUUUUCUGUUGAGCUUCUUAAACAACAUUAUUGAUUUAAAAGAUAUAAACAAAAUGGACCUGCAUAACGUAUCUACAAUAAUUGCUCCAUCCUUUUUUCCACCACGAUUUAUUCACCCUACUGAUAGAACCAGCAUUGCAGAGCAAUUAAAAAUGGCUGCCCAUUGUUGCCGUUUGACGAAAGUUUUAAUCUUACAUGGUUAUAAACUUUUUCGGGUACCAAAUACCCUACUUAUAGAAUCCAAUACUAAGAAAAUGAGAAUGGGUAAAAAAGGAUGGCUUCGGUGAGAUAAAGUCUCAGUUAUUCAAAAAACACCUAAUGCAAUUCGAAUCAGUAACUGUAAUGCAGCGGUUGGCAGCGACCGGAACACGUCCAUCAUAGAACACCAGUCAUCGCACACACAACGAUAAGCUCUCCCCUGCAAAAAAAUCAAAAAAAAAAAAGUUAUACUAAUCCGUGCAGACCACUGCUUUAAUGGCAACUUACCUGACUCUGACCUUUUAAUAAAUAUUAAAGCAAUUCCCACAA